AUGUUGAAUAGCCACGACCGCAUUUCCAGAUCUUUAUGCUUGCCCCAUCCCGCCACUUAUCUGCUCCUUGCUGCACUUUGCGUACUGUUCUUAACCUGCCUAGGCCAAUCGCCCUCCCGCUCGUCGUCCCGCUCACCACGCGAACAACCCGACGGCCGCUGGAGAAAGGUGCAUGCGAUGCUCGGAGUCCGAGAAUUGACACCUGUGAAUGUACAAGGGCCCUCGUCCAUGCAGCAUCACCGGCGGGUCUUUAUGCGGUUCGAUUUAAGCAGGCGAACCUGGGCGUUGACAGGCAAAGGGACUCAAAGGAAGGGAGAGGAAGUAGCCUUAUGGUUGGCAAAGGACGCGGUACACGAGUCCAUGGCGUCAUUGGAGGAUAUCAGAAGGGAAUACGCGGAGGUCGCGUUGAUUGAGAGGGAACGUGUACGUGAGCGGGAACGGGAACGGGAACGGCAGCGGGAAGCAAAGGAGCGCCAGAAGAGUCGAGCGGCCGGUAAUCUUCAUCUACCGUUCCAAACGAAGGCGAACAGGCGACAGAGCCAGUAA